AUGAAGCUAGAGGCGGUCAUGGAAAACCUCCAAAGACAGCAGGCUGCCCGCCUGGCGCUAGAAGAGAAACUCCGGCAGGCCGAGAAAGAGAAAGACCUCCGCUCCAUGGUCGAGUCCCAGAUCCACCAACAAGCCCUCGCCUUCCGCCACUACCAGGCAGCGGUCCGGGUCGCUUUCGCUGCGGGAAUAGCGAACUCUUCUCCCGGGUUGGCGAGCUCCGCUGAACGGGAACCAAUUCUCCCUCACAGUCUUUACGCUCGCAGGCACUCGGCCAAAGCCGACGACUCCGAUAUGGACGAUGAUCCAGAGGGCAUGGACCGAGGUAUGGAUGAUGACGACCUGGAUCUGGAUGGAGAUGAAAUGGACAACGAGGGAGUCGUGGAUGAUGAGGAUGAGGAGGCCAUGGAGGGGGCUCUCAGCCACUACCAGCCCCGCCACCCCAUGCACCCCGGGGCGGGACACUCGCCAAAGGACAACCCGGUACAUCUCAUGCCCAGAGACCCUGCGUCUUUCGCUGCGCCCCAGCAGUCAGAGUCCCCGGGCGGGACGGCACCACAGUCUCAGCAUCACGAUUGGACUUACGAGGAGCAAUUCAAACAGGUAACGCUGACUUCUAAUAAGUAAUAACUUGAUAUGAAACUUUACUCAACAUAGACUCAACUGACUGUACUAACCCUUUUUGAUAACAACCCAUCUCCUUACUAAAGCCUCCUUACUAGCCUAUAAUAAAGCCUUUUUAUAAUUCCAAAACACAAUUGAAACGUAUGUUUGACUAUACAGACGUAAUAUCUUAAUUUCCGCAGGAAAUGCAAACAUGUAGUGUAUUUGAGUUUUAAAAAAUGCUUCUAAAGUUUGUAAUUUCCACUUUGAAAUGUCAGACUUGAUUUUCCUUAACGAAAACGGUAUCAACCCCUACAAAAAUGUUCAUUAGUUAUAAUCCACAUAGUGAUUUACAUUUUCUCUUGCUGCAGGAUUAUUUUCCUGCAGUAGCAAACUGGCUCAAAUUAAGAUCCUACAUCUGUAGAACACACAGGACUCCCGAGUGGUGCAGUGGUCUAAGGCACUGCAUCGCAGUGCUAGCUGUGCCACUAGAGAUUCUGGUUAGAAUCCAGGCUCUGUCGUAGCCGGCCGUGACCGGGAGACCCAUGGGGCGGCGCACAAUUGGCCCGGGUAGGGAGAAUGGCACGGCGGUUUGUAGCAGCGGAUUUUUUCCAGCAGUUAGCAAACUGUCACCAUAGAUCCCUCUGUAAACGCUCAAUGACGAGUAAUGGAGUUUCUAAAACGCAUUACCAUUGUUCAAAUGUGUCAUUAGCUAUUUGUUUAAGAAUAAGGUUGUGUGCUCACUACGGAGACAUGGGGUGUCGGCGCACAGUUGGACAUUGGUCGUCCAGUGUAUGGAGGGAUGGUCGGCGGGAUGUUGAUGAAAGGUUGUGUGUUUUCUCCCACUGAGGCAUGGUUUGUUAUGACACUGAUGAAAGAGUUGGUGGUCUCCUAUUGAUCAUGCAUGGGGUUUUCAUCAACGUAUAUAAUGAGAUUGUGGUUUUACUUCUAUUGCGGGGUUUUCAAAGACUUAUGAAAGAGAUUGGUGUGUUUUCUCACUAUCUAAUCAUGGCAUGGGGUUUGUGACAUGUAUUUGUUUAAAAUCUAUCACUUGAUGGUUUCAUAUCAGAGACACAAAUAAUCAUGUUUUGCUGCUAAAUGCUUUAUAUCCUCCACAUUCUCAGAGAAAUAAGUAGUACUGCUAGGUUUUACACAGUGAAAUGUAACAAAUUACUACAUUUGUAAUAAAGAAAUAACAAAUAAUUAAAUACAGUGAUAUGAGAUUUGACAUUUUAGUAAUUUAGUAGAUGGUCUUAUCAAGAGCAUCUUACAGUAAGUGCAUUCAUCUUAAGAUUGCUAGGUGAGACAACCACAUAUCACACUCAAAUAUACAGGAUAUGAACAUUCCAUUCCAGCUAAACAAUGGAUAUACAGCAUUUUGCAAAAAUAUACUUUUUUUUCAUACCCAUCUAAAAUCUAUGAAUAAAAAAAUGUGAGAACAGUAAUAUUGUACACACACACGAAGGGACCCAGAGGCAAUCAUGUCUGAGGAAAACACCUCUCUGAAUGUCUGUGUAUGACACUGUGUCCCCUGCUCUCUGAGGUGUGUUAUAUGUGCCCUCUUGAGGGGAUGACACUGUGUCACCUCUUCGAGGUUGUAUGACACUGUCCCGUCCUGAUGUGUAUGACACUGUGUCCCCUGCUCUCUGAGGUGUGUAAUGACACUGUGUCCCCUGCUCUCUAAAGGUGUGUAUGAACUGUGUCCCCUGCUCUCUGAGGUUGUAUGACACUGUGUCCCCUGCUCUCUAGUGUUGAGGUUGUGAGUGAUACUGUGUCCCCUGCUCUCUGAGGGUUUAUGACACUGUGUCCCCUGCUCUCUGAAUGUCUGUGUAUGACACUGUGUCCCCUGCUCUCGGAGGUUGUAUGACACUGUGUCCCCUACUUCUGAGGUGUUUAUGACACUGUGUCCCCUGCUCUCUGAGGUGUGUAUGACACUGUGUCCCCUGCUCUCUGAGGUUGUGUAUGACACUGUGUCCCCUGCUCUCUGAGGUGUGUAUGACACUGUGUCCCCUCUGCUCUGAAUGUCUGUGUAUGACACUGUGUCCCCUGCUCUCUGAGGUGUGAAUGACACUGUGUCCCCUGCUCUCUGAGGUGUGUAUGACACUGUGUCCCCUGCUCUCUGAGGUGUGUAUGACACUGUGUCCCCUGCUCUCUGAGGUGUGUAUGACACUGUGUCCCCUGCUCUCUGAGGUGUGUAUGACACUGUGUCCCCUGCUGUCUGAGGUGUGUAUGACACUGUGUCCCCUGCUCUCUGAGGUGUGUAUGACACUGUGUCCCCUGCUCUCUGAGGUGUGAAUGACACUGUGUCCCCUGCUCUCUGAGGUGUGUAUGACACUGUGUCCCCUGCUCUCUGAAUGUCUGUGUAUGACACUGUGUCCCCUGCUCUCUGAGGUGUGAAUGACACUGUGUCCCCUGCUCUCUGAAUGUCUGUGUAUGACACUGUGUCCCCUGCUCUCUGAGGUGUGAAUGACACUGUGUCCCCUGCUCUCUGAGGUGUGUAUGACACUGUGUCCCCUGCUCUCUGAGGUGUGUAUGACACUGUGUCCCCUGCUCUCUGAGGUGUGUAUGACACUGUGUCCCCUGCUCUCUGAAUGUCUGUGUAUGACACUGUGUCCCCUGCUGUCUGAGGUGUGUAUGACACUGUGUCCCCUGCUCUCGGAGGUGUGAAUGACACUGUGUCCCCUGCUGUCUGAGGUGUGAAUGACACUGUGUCCCCUGCUCUCUGAGGUGUGUAUGACACUGUGUCCCCUGCUGUCUGAGGUGUGUAUGACACUGUGUCCCCUGCUCUCUGAGGUGUGUAUGACACUGUGUCCCCUGCUCUCGAGGUGUGAAAUGACACUGUGUCCCCUGCUGUCUGAGGUGUGAAUGACACUGUGUCCCCUGCUCUCUGAGGUGUGUAUGACACUGUGGUCCCCUGCUGUCUGAGGUGUGUAUGACACUGUGUCCCCUGCUCUCUGAGGUGUGUAUGACACUGUGUCCCCUGCUGUGGUCCCGUGAUAAUAUGUCUGACACCAUUUGACUUCACAUGCAGGUUCCAGAUGCAGGCCUCCGUGAGACAGAAUAUCUUUUGUAUUAUGGCUCAUGUCUAUGUUUUUAUUAGCUGACCAGGCCUACAUUACAUUUAUUGAUAUUACUAUUUUAUUUAAUAUGAAUACUUUCAUAUAUUUAGUGAUUUACCUACAGCAAAGAAAUGAAAAAAGCUUUUCUCCUUUUCAUUGCUACCGUAUUAGUAACUGAUCAUUAUUUCAUUCAUUCUUAUUGAUAAAAAAGAACGGUUGGAUUUCUAUACAUCAUGUCCCAUCUAUUGUGUCAGUGUUGGCGUUAUGCCUUUUUCAAUGCAUAUUUCAAUAUUUUGGUCACAAUAAGAAAUAAAUAGUUUUCUGAAAUGUCCUUAUCCACUCACUGUCUUACCAGUAUACUGAAGCCUAUUCACACAAAAAAAAAGGUGAUAUCCAUCCACCAGAAUCCAUGUAAGAGACAGGCCAUAUAGCGAACACAGAUCUAUAUUUCUGAGUGAAUGUGGAUGGACAUGUCAUCCUUUGUUUAUGACGGAUCAUUCAGACACUUCCCUAAAUGUAAUGUACACAUUAGGGCCCUGCAUUACGUAACCUGAAACAAUGGAAAUGCAAUUAAAAUCAGGGAAACAGAAAACCUUAAUAGAGAUAUGCACUACUGUAGUUCUUACGUUACUCAUUGGACAAAAUACAAUAAUUUACAUUUUAUAUAUACUGAGUGUCCAAAACAUUAUGAACACCUGCUCUUUCCAUGACAUAGAUUGACCAGGUGAAAGCUAUGAUCCCUUAUUGAUGUUACUAGUUAAAUCCACUUCACUUAGUGUAGAUGAAGGGGAGGAGACAGGUUAAAGAAGGAUUUUUAAGCCUUGAGACAAUUGAGACAUGGAUUGUGUAUGUGUGCCUUAGAACGGGGUAUGGUAGUAGGUGCCAGGCGCACCGGUUUGAGUCAAGAACUGCAACGCUGCUGGGUUUUUCACUCUCAACAGUUUCCUGUGUGUAUCAAGAAUGGUCCACCACACAAAGGACAUCCAGCCAACUUGACACAACUGUGGGAAGCAUUGGAGUCAACAUGGGCCAGUAUCCCUGUGGAACACUUAGAGACCUUGUAGAGUCCACGCCCCGACUAAUUGUGGCUGUUCUGAGGGCAAAAGGAGGGGGGGGGGGGGGGGGGGGGGGGGGGGGGGGGGGGGGGGGGGGGGGGGGGGGGGGGGGGUGGGGGGGGGGGGGGGGUGGGGGGGGGGGGGGGGGGGGGGGGGGAGGGGGGGGGGGAGAGUCUCAAACUGUAGGAGCUCAGAUGCAAUAAUUGAAUAACCUAAUCACCAAUGUUUUGACAAGCUGUCUUCAUCAGAUACAGUUCUGUAUCAUACCAUGGAAAUCUGAAAAUCAGUCUUUGGAAAAACUGUAAUUGCAAUUUACAACUAGUGUAUGUAGUAUUGAUCAGUAACACUAGUGUAUGUAGUAUUGAUCAGAAACACUAGUGUAUGUAGUAUUGAUCAUUACAACUAGUGUAUGUAGUAUUGAUCAUUACACUAGUGUAUGUAGUAUUGAUCAGAAACACUAGUGUAUGUAGUAUUGAUCAUUACAACUAGUGUAUGUAGAAUUGAUCAUUACACUAGUGUAUGUAGUAUUGAUCAGAAACACUAGUGUAUGUAGUAUUGAUCAUUACAACUAGUGUACAGUGCAUUCGGAAAGUAUUCAGACCCCUUGACUUUUUACACAUUUUGUUUUACGUUGCAAUCUUAUUCUAACAUGGAUUAAAUUGUAGUUUUGUUUUCCUCAUCAAUAUAUACACAAUACCCCAUAAUGACAAGCAUAAACAGUUUUUUUGAAAUGUGUGCAAACCCCCCCCCCCCCCCAAAUAAACGGAAAUAUUACAUUUACAUAAGUAUUCAGACCCUUUACUCAGUACUUUAUUGAAGCACCUUUGGCAGCGAUUACAGCCUUGAGUCUUCUUGGGUAUGACGCUACAAGUUUGGCACACCUGUAUUUGGGGAGUUUCUCCCAUUCUUCUCUGCAGAUCCUCUCAAGCUCUGUCAGGUUGGAUGGGGAGCAUCACUGCACAGCUUUUUUCAGGUCUCUCCAGAGAUGUUCGAUCGGGUUCAAGUUCGGGCUCUGGCUGGGCCGCUCAAGGAUAUUCAGAGACUUGUCCCGAAGCCACUCCUGCGUUGUCUUGGCUGUGUGCUUAGGGUCGUUGUCCUGUUGGAAGGUGAACCUUCGCCCCAGUCUGAGGUCCUGAGCGCUCUGGAGCAGGUUUUCAUCAAGGAUCUCUCUGUACUUUGCUCCGUUCAUCUUUCGAUCCUGACUCCUCUCCCAGUCCCUGCUGCUGAAAAACAUCCCCACAACAUGAUGCUGCCACCACCAUGCUUCACCGUAGUGAUGGUGCCAGGUUUCCUCCAGAAGUGACACUUGGCAUUCAUGCCAAAGAGUUCAAUCUUGGUUUCAUCAGACCAGAGAAUCUUGUUUGUCAUGGUCUGAGAGUCUUUAGGUGCCUUUUGGCAAACUCCAAGCGGGCUGUCAUGUGCCUUUUACUGAGGAGUGGCUUCGGUCUGGCCACUCUACCAUAAAGGCCUGAUUUGGUGGAGUGCUUCAGAGAUGGUUGUCCUUCUGGAAGGUUCUCCCAUCUCCACAGAGGAACUCUGGAGCUCUGCCAGUGUGACCAUCGGGUUCUUGGUCACCUCCCUGACCAAGGCCCUUCUCCCCCGAUUGCUCAGUUUGGCCGGGCGGCCAGCUCUAGGAAGAGUCUUGGUGGUUCCAAACUUCUGCCAUUUAAGAAUGUGGGAGGCCACUGUGUUCUUGGGGACCUUCAAUGCUGCAGAAAUGUUUUGGUACCCUUUCCCAGGUCUGUGCCUCGACACAAUCCUGUCUCUGAGCUCUACGGACAAUUCCUUCGACCCCAUGGCUUGGUUUUGGCUCUGACAUGCACUGUCAACUGUGGGACCUUAUAUAGACUUGUGUGUGCCUUUCCAAAUCAUGUCCAAUCAAUUGAAUUUACCACAGGUAUCAAGUUGUAGAUACAUCUCAAGGAUGAGAAAUGGAAACAGGAUGCACCUGAGCUCAAUUUCGAUUCUCAUAGCAAAGGGUUUGAAUACUUAUGUAAAUGUAUUUCAGAUUUUGAUAAAUUUGCAACAAUUUCUAAAAACCUGUUUUCACUUUGUCAUUAUGGGGUAUUGUGUGUAGAUCGAUGAUGAAAAAAAUUAAUUUAAUCAAUUUUAGAAUAAGGCUGUAACGUAACAAAAUGUGGAAAAAGUCAAGGGGUCUGAAUACUUUCCGAAUGCACUGUAUGUAGUAUUGAUCAUUACAGCUAGUGUAUGUAGUAUUGAUCAGUAACACUAGUGUAUGUAGUAUUGAUCAGUAACACUAGUGUAUGUAGUAUUGAUCAUUACACUGGUGUAUGUAGUAUUGAUCAUUACACUAGUGAAUGUAGUAUUGAUCAUUACAACUAGUGUAUGUAGUAUUGAUCAGUAACACUAGUGUAUGUAGUAUUGAUCAGUAACACUAGUGUAUGUAGUAUUGAUCAUUACACUGGUGUAUGUAGUAUUGAUCAUUACACUAGUGAAUGUAGUAUUGAUCAGAAACACUAGCGUAUGUAGUAUUGCUCAGUAACACUAGUGUGUGUUUAGAAACAGCUGUCAUACUGAAUACUGUGUGAGGCUUUGCUGAAAACUAGUCUCUAUUAUCAAGGAAAGUCUAUUAUCAAGGAAAGACUAGUCUCUAUUUGACUCCAGUUGAGAGCUAUAUUGUUCAGGAUGUGCUGUUGUAGCCAGGUCAUUUGUAGUCGGCCAUAGGACAAUAAAAGGAUGCUCAUGGUCACUGAGCAGACAAGCCGGAGCCAGACUAGUAUGUGUUCAGAGUUGCAAAACAAAACCACAUUUAAAGGCAACUAAAGGGAGACAGGCAACUAACUGCAUCUUUGUAAAAUGGGAACAAGAUGUGGUGUUGGGGAGGUUCAAUAUAAAGCCUGGGCCUCUAGUGGAGGAUACUAAGGCAUGUUCAUAUUUACUGUAACUACUAAAUCACCGGGAUGUAUACAUCAGGCUGUUGAUGUAUUAAAGCCAGACACUAAGAUUCUGCUUCUGUGAAUGGAUUUCUGUGGACCAAUAAAAUAAAUGGAAUAGAAUAAUCAAUGGCCCCCUAUUAAAUGAAUGAAUUAAAAAUAUUGAGAAAAUAACAAUAUAGAACAAUUCCUUAUUGUCUUUCUCUCAUAAAGUAAAUGGAGUAUUACUGUAAAACCGAGCGGUAGGGUAAGGUAGUGGGUUCGAUUCCCGGGACCACCCAUACACAAAAAUGUACGACUGUAAGUCGCUUUGGAUAAAAGCAUCUGCUAAAUGGCAUAUUAUUAUUAUUAUUAUUAUUAUUAUAAAUAGGGUAUUACUGUAAAACAGAGCGGUAAAUAGGGUAUUACUGUAAAACAGAGCGGUAAAUAGAGUAUUACUGUAAAACAGAGCGGUAAAUAGGGUAUUACUGUAAAACAGAGCGGUAAAUAGAGUAUUACUGUAAAACAGAGUGGUAAAUAGGGUAUUACUGUAAAACAGAGUGGUAAAUAGGGUAUUACUGUAAAACAGAGUGGUAAAUAGGGUAUUACUGUAAAACAGAGUGGUAAAUAGGGUAUUACUGUAAAACAGAGUGGUAAAUAGGGUAUUACUGUAAAACAGAGUGGUAAAUAGAGUAUUACUGUAAAACAGAGUGUAAUAGGGUAUUACUGUAAAACAGAGUGGUAAAUAGAGCAUUACUGUAAAACAGAGUGGUAAAUAGAGUAUUACUGUAAAACAGAGUGGUAAAUAGAGUAUUACUGUAAAACAGAGUGGUAAAUAGAGUAUUACUGUAAAACAGAGUGGUAAAUAGAGUAUUACUGUAAAACAGAGUGGUAAAUAUAGUAUAUUACUGUAAAACAGAGUGGUAAAUAGAGUAUUACUGUAAAACAGAGUGGUAAAUAGAGUAUUACUGUAAAACAGAGUGGUAAAUAGAGUAUUACUGUAAAACAGAGCGGUAAAUAUAGUAUUACUGUAAAACAGAGCCGUAAAUAUAGUAUUACUGUAAAACAGUGGUAAAUAGAGUAUUACUGGAAAACAGAGUGGUAAAUAGAGUAUUACUGUAAAACAGAGCGGUAAAUAUAGUAUUACUGUAAAACAGUGGUAAAUAGAGUAUUACUGGAAAACAGAGUGAAAAAAAAUAAAACAGUGUAAGUUUAAGAUGGAGCUAAGGGAGGAGCGAGAGGGAGAGAGAACAUUUUAACAUGAGGUUGCAUAUCGUUUUGGCAGCAGGACAGGAAAUGCAGGGAAGUAGAGCAGGUGGCAAUCCAACCUGGCUCACAACCAAACAUGCUGGGAUCUCCCUCUCUGACAGGGGCGUGUCUGUCACCUCACAGCCAACCCAUUACAAAACAGAAACAAAUAGAGGGCCCAGCACGUUUUACACACAGACACACACACACACACACACACACACCACACACACACCACACACACGACACACACCACACAACACACACCACACCACACACACCACACAAACACAACAGACACACACACACACACACACACAGACACACACACACACACACCACACACACCCACACACACUACAACACACACACACACACACACAUACACACACCACACACACACACACACACACACACACCACUCACUCACACACACAAACACACACCCCCACACACACACACACACCACACACACAACCACACACACACACACACACACACACACACACUCAUACAUGACAAGAACACUACAGACAUUUUCACAUAACAUAUACCACACUAGACAAUCACAAACCACAUCACUAACCAUAGACACUCAUCACACCACAACAUAACCUGGCAUCACACCACACAACUCACACACACACAUAAGACCUGGCCAUCACUAUCCCAAAUAGAUCUGGUAUCAACUAAUAAUUAGAUCCUGUUUCAUACCAACCCAUUUUAUCCUGGUAGAUUUAAAUACAUUAGAUCCUGGUAUCACUACUCCAUUAGAUCCUGGUCUCACUACACUAAAACCAUUAGAUCCUGGUCAUCACUAUGCCAAUAGAUCCUGGUCAUCACUACAACCACCCCCUUAGAUCCUGGUCAUCACUACACCAUUAGAUCCUGGUCAUCACUAUAAAAUUGAUCCUGGUCAUCAUAAAACCAAAAUUGAUCCUGGUCAUCACUACACCAUUAGAUCCUGGUCAUCACUAUACCAAAUUGAUCCUGGUCAUCACUACACCAUUAGAUCCUGGUCAUCACUACAACCAUUAGAUCCUGGUCAUCACACACACCAUUAGAUCCUGGUCAUCACUACACCAUUAGAUCCUGGUCAUCACUAUACCAUUAGAUCCUGGUCAUCACUACACCAUUAGAUCCUGGUCAUCACUACACCAUUAGAUCCUGGUCAUCACUACACCAUUAGAUCCUGGUCAUCACUACACCAUUAGAUCCUGGUCAUCACUACACCAUUAGAUCCUGGUCAUCACUAUACCAUUAGAUCCUGGUCAUCACUACAACCAUUAGAUCCUGGUCAUCACUACACCAUUAGAUCCUGGUCAUCACUAUACCAUUAGAUCCUGGUCAUCACUACACCAUUAGAUCCUGGUCAUCACUAUACCAUUAGAUCCUGGUCAUCACUAUAUCAUUAGAUCCUGGUCAUCACUAUAUCAUUAGAUCCUGGUCAUCACUACACCAUUAGAUCCUGGUCAUCACUUACCAAAUUAGAUCCUGGUCAUCACUACACAUCUAGAUCCUGGUCAUCACUACACCAUUAGAUCCUGGUCAUCACUAAAACAUCUAGAUCCUGGUCAUCACUAUACCGUUAGAUCCUGGUCAUCACUACACGUUAGAUCCUGGUCAUCACUACAACAUUAGAUCCUGGUCAUCACUACACCAUUAGAUCCGGGUCAUCACUACAACCAUUAGAUCCUGGUCAUCACUACCCAUUAGAUCCUGGUCAUCACUAUACAAUUGAUCCUGGUCAUCACUACAACCAUUAGAUCCUGGCCCAUCACUACACCAUUGAUCCUGGUCAUCACUACACCAUUAGAUCCUGGUCAUCACUACACCGUUAGAUCCUGGUCAUCACUACACAAUCUGAUCCUGGUCAUCACUACACCAUUAGAUCCUGGUCAUCACUACACCAUUAGAUCCUGGUCAUCACUACACCAUUAGAUCCUGGUCAUCACUACACCAUUAGAUCCUGGUCAUCACUACCAUUAGAUCCGGGUCAUCACUAUACCGUUAGAUCCUGGUCAUCACUACACCAUUAGAUCCUGGUCAUCACUACACCAUUAGAUCCUGGUCAUCACUACACAUUAGAUCCUGGUCAUCACUACACAAUCUGAUCCUGGUCAUCACUACACAAUCUGAUCCUGGUCAUCACUACACAAUCUGAUCCUGGUCAACACUAUACCAUUAGAUCCUGUGGGGGGCGUAGUGGUAACGUAGUAGUAGUAGUCUGCUAUUUUUAUACCACCUUUACAGGUCCUCCUCCCUCCCUCCCUCCCUCCCUCCCCUCCCCCCCCUCCCUCCCUCCCUCCCUCCCUCCCUCCUCCCUCCUCCCUCCCCCUCCCUCCGCCCCCCUCCCUCCCUCCCUCCCUCCUCCCUCCCCCCUCCGCCCACCUCCCCUCCCUCCCUCCCUCCCUCCCUCCCUCCCUCCCUCCCUCCCUCCCUCCCCUCCUCCCCACCUCCUCCCUCCCUCCCUCCCGCCCCCCCCUCCCCUCCCUCCCUCCCUCCCUCCCUGCCCUCCCUCCCUCCCUCCCUCCCUCCCUCCCUCCCUCCCUCCGCCCCACCUCCCUCCCUCCCUCCUCCCCUCCCUCCCUCCCCUCCCUCCCUCCCUCCCUCCCUCCUCCUCCCUCCCUCCCUCCCUCCCUUCCUCCCUCCCUCCCUCCGCCCCACCUCCCCUCCCUCCCUCCCUCCCUCCCUCCUCCCCCCCCCCCUCCCCUCGCCUCCCCCUCCCUCCCUCCCUCCCUCCCUCCCAGACUGCAGCAAUAUCCUGAAAGUAAAAAAUAUAUGAAGUAAAAUGAUCCAUAUGGUAAAGAGCUUGAUUUCCCCCCUCUCCGUUCCUCCUCCCCUCCUCCUUACCUCACCCCUUCCCUCCACCCUGCAUCUAUGCAAACAGGGCCCCCGUCGGCCCCCCAUCGGGCCCCUAGGAGCACACAUAGGGAUCUGACAACUCACUUCACUUUUAAAAUGGGCUCGUCAUUGAAAUGCUUUAAUAGCAUUCCUGGAUUAUUUCACUGUGCUAUUACUUUCAUAUGGGGUUGCACAGGGGUGGUGGAGAGGUGGGCUUUAAAACAACUAGCUAGAAACACCUCAGAUCUAACUAAAGGUGCUGGCUGGACUGGUUGUGGCAUUUCACGGGUGUGGUUUGUGGUUGUGUGUACGUGUGUGUGCGUGUUGUCGUGUGUGUACGGUGUGUGUCGUGUGUGUGCUGUGUGUACGUGUGUUACGUUGUGUUACGUGUGUGUGCGUGUGUUCGUGUGUGUCUGUGCGUGUGUUGUCGUUGUGUACGUUGUUUGCGUUGUGUCGUGUUUUGUUGCUGUGUGUGCGUUGUGUGCGUGUGUGUCGUGUGUGUACGUUGUGUUCGUGUGUGUGCGUUGUUGUGCGUGUGUGUUGUGUGCGUGUUGUGUGCGUUUGUUCGUGUGUGUCGUUGUGUUGCUGUUUGUUGCGUGUGUGUGCGUGUGUGUCGUGUGUGCGUGUGUGUCGUUGUGCUGUGUGUCGUCUGUGGUGCGUGUGUUCUUUGUGUGUCGUUGUGUGUCGUUUGUGUGCGUGUGUUGUUGCGUGUGUGUGCUUUGUGUGUGCGUGUUUGCGUGUGUGUACGUUGUGUUGCGUGUGUGUGCGUGUGUUGCGUGUGUGUACGUGUGUGUUGCGUGUGUGGUCGCGUGUGCUGUGUGCGUGUGUUGUACGUGUGUGUGUGUGUGUGUGUGUGCGUGUGUGUGCGUGUGUGUGCGUGUGGGACUCUCUUUCAAUUUCAAUUCCAUUCAAGGGGCUUUAUUAGUAUGGGAAACAUACAUUUACAUCGUCAAAGCGAGUAGAAUAGAAAAUAAACUAAUGAGAAUUAAACAAUCAGAAAUGAACAGUAAACAUUACAUUCACAAAAGUUUUAAAAUAAUAAAGACAUUUCAAAUGUUAUAUUAUUGGCUGUGUCCAGUGUUGUAACAAUGUGCAAAUAGUUGAAGAAUGAAAGGGAAAAUAAAUAAACAGAUAAAUAAUGGUUGUAUUUAAUAUGUUGUUUGUGCUCCACUGGUUGCUCUUUUCUCAUGGCAACAGGCCACACAUCUUGCUGCUGUGAUGGCAGACUGCGGUAUUUCGCCUAACAGAUAUGGGAGUUUAUCAACAUUUGAUUUGUUUUCUAAUUCUUUGUGGGUCUGUGUAAUCUGAGGGAAAUAUGUGUCUACAUUUGGCAGGAGGUUAGGAAGUGCAGCUCAGUUUCCACCUUAUUUUGUGGGCAGUGUGCACAUAAGCCUGUCUUCUCUUGAGAGCCAGGUCUGCCUCUCUCAAUAGCAAGGCUAUGCUCACUGAGUCUGUACAUAGUCAAACAAAAUCUUAAUUUUGGUCAGGUAUUCUGUGUACUCUCUGUUUAGGGCCUGAUAGCAUUCCAAUUUGCCCAGUUUUUUGGUUGAUUCUUUCAAGUGUGUCAAAUUGUUAUAUUUAUGCUUUCUCUAAUUGUGUUUCUGUCGUGGGGCUCUGUGGGGUCUGUUUGUGAACAGAGCCAGCUGGCUGAGGAGACUCUUCUCCAGGUUCAUCUCUCUGUAGGUGAGGGCUUUGUGAUGGAAUGUGUGGGCAUCGCUUCCUUUUAGGUGGUUGUAGAAUUUAACGGCUGUUUUCUGGAUUUUGAUAACUAGCGGGUAUCGGGCCUAAUUCUGCUCUGCAUGCAUUAUUUGGUGUUUUAUGUUGUACACUGAGGAUGCUUUUGCAGAAUUCCACAUGCAGAGUCUCAAUUUGGUGUUUGUCCCAUUUUGUGAAUUCUUGGUUGGUGAGCGGACCCCAGACCUCACAACCAUAGAGGUCAAUGGGUUCUAUAGCUGAUUCCAGUAUUUUUAGCCAGAUCCUAAUUGAGAUGUCACAUUUGAUGUUCCUUUUGAUGGUGUAGAAGGCCCUUCUUGUCUCUCAGAUAGUUCACAGCUUUGUGGAAGUAACAUUUGAUGUUGGUGUUUAGGCCGAGGUAGGUAUAGUUUUUUGUGUGCUCUAGGGCAACAGUCUCUCUAUUUCUCUGUGUGCGACCCGACCUAGGCCUACUCACAGGGUGUAAUGUUUUAAUGUCAUGUUUGCUGAAGCCCAGGCUUCUCUCCUUCUCAGCAGCACUGGUCAAAUUAGGCCAGGAACUCUUCUCUUCAGGGAAUGGAACACCAAUAAAACACAGGCUGGAUGGAUGAGGCACAAUGCGCUAUUGAAACUCUGUUUUCUCUACAAAUGACCUCUCUCUCUCUCUCCUCCUCUCUCUCUCUUCUCUCUCUCUCUCCCUCCCCCCCUCCCCCUUCUCUCUUCUCUCUCUCUCUCUUCUCUCUCUCUCUUCUCUCUCUCUCUCUCAUUAAAGCUAGAGUGCAGACCGUACUUGUUUUUACACAACCCUUCGCCCUCACUGUGGGGGUGGUUUACAUUUUAAUCACACAAGCCUGGAAUUUCUGCAGCUGCUUGCAAAAGGCUCUCUGUUUACGAGAUAGCACUGGUCGACAAACAGAGCCUGUCUAUAGACUCUCUGGAUGCUUCUCUCUGACUCCUCUCUUCUCUCUGACUCCUCUCUUCUCUUCACCCCCCUAGGGUACUGGAACUUAAAAUAGGUAACUUGGUUAAGUUAAGUAGUUUCGUUAAGUUAGGUAGUUUGGUUAAGUUAAGUAGUUUCGUUAAGUUAGGUAGUUGGUUACAUUAGUAGUUUGGUUAGUAGUAGUUUGGUUAGUUAGGUAGUUUGGUGAGUCUAAGUAGUUUCGUUAAGUUAGGUUAGUUUGGUUAAGUUAGGUAGUUUGGUUAAGUUAAGUAGUUUCGUUAAGUUAGGUAGUUUGGUUAAGUUCGGUGUUUUGGUUAAGUUAGGUAGUUUCGUUAAGUUAGGUAGUUUGGUUAAGUUAAGUAGUUUCGUUAAGUUAGGUAGUUUGGUUAAGUUAGGUAGUUUGGUUAAGUUAGGUAGUUUGGUUAAGUUAGGUAGUUUGGUGAAGUUAGGUACCGUAAAACUUCAAUUAAUAACCUGGGCAUUUAUUUGCAUAAAUCACUGAACACAACAGGCGCUUAGUAGAGACAGGUUUCUAUUUUCUCAGGUUUGCUUAUUUGCAUAGUUAACAGUUUAAUUCCAGAACUCACUUCCAGCAUUUUAAUACAUUUCUUCAUUUCCUGCACUAAUGUGUUAUCAUUUACACACUGUGCAGUGCCUCUAUACAAAUAAAUAAAAACACUUUUCCUUCACCAAAUAAUGAUUCUCCUCUUAGACUGUGCAUUUUUUCGGCAGUUUUAUUUUCGCCACUAGAGGGCAGUUCAUAUUUUCGCCACUUAUUUGAAACAGCCGUUUAUUUCCUGAAAUGUGUUGCCCGGCUAUUAAAGGGACAGGCAGCUAUUUGAGACUGCGUUUAAUUGAAGUUUUACGGUAGUUUGUUUAAGUUAGUUAGUUCAGUUAAGUUAGGUAGUUCGGUUAAGUUCGUGGUUGGUUUUGUGUAUGGUUAAUUCGUGUUUGGUUAAGUUCGGUGGUUUGGUUAAGUUAGGUAGUUUAGUUAAGUUCGGUGGUUUGGUUAAGUGCGGUGGUUUGGUUAAGUUAGGUAGUUUAGUUAAGUUAGGUAGUUUGGUUAAGUUAGGUGGUUUGGUUAGUUCGGUGUUUGUGAAAAACUGAGUUUAAAUGUAUUUAGCUAAGGUGGUUGUUAACUUCGGUAGUUUGGUUUAAGUUAGUAGUUUACUUUACUAUUUGGAGCUUUUAAGCGGCUGUUUGUGUUAACGUUAUAGUUCAGUUAAUUUUUUUGUUAAGUUGGGGUGGUUUGGCUAAGGGGUAGAAGGUUCGUUAAAUUAUCUCCAGGUAUUCUUUUGAAAAAGUGGGUUUCAAAUGUUCCGGAAGGGUAUGUAAACUUCCGCGUUAAACUGUAGAUACUAUAAGUCAUUUACAUUUAAAAGUUAGCCCCAUUGCAAACAUUUAUCCAGAGGAAUACAAUGGUGAUCAAUACCCAGUGGGUCUAUACACUUUUUUUUUUUUGGGUGGGGGACAAGGGGCCCAUAGUAGGAUUACUAUCCUAUCCCAGGGAUCAAGGGUGGGGUUCACCCAAGUCUCGAAGCUUGGGCAGGUGACCCAUAGUCCUGUCAUGGGGACAGGUGAGACCCUAGGCCUAUACAUAUAUAGGGACAGUGAGCCCCAUAGUGCUAUAUAGAUAGGGACAAGGUGAACCCAUAGUGCUCUAUACUAUAUUAGGGGACAAGGUGAGACCCAUAGUGCUCUAUACUAUAUAUAGGGGACAAGGUGAGCCCCAUAGUGCUCUAUACUAUAUAUAGGGGACAAGAUGAGCCCAUAGUGCUCUAUACUAUAUAUAGGGGACAAGGUGAGACCCAUAGUGCUCUAUACUAUAUAUAGGGACAAGGUGAGCCCCAUAGUGCUCUAGUAUAUAUAGGAACAGGUGAGACCCAUAGUGCUCUAUACUAUAUAUAGGGGACAAGGUGAGACCCAUAGUGCUCUAUACUAUAUAUAGGGGACAAGGUGAGCCCCAUAGUGCUCUAUACUAUAUAUAGGGGACAAGGUGAGACCCCAUAGUGCUCUAUACUAUAUAUAGGGGACAAGGUGAGACCCAUAGUGCUCUAUACUAUAUAUAGGGGACAAGGUGAGACCCAUAGUGCUCUAUACUAUAUAUAGGGGACAAGGUGAGCCCCAUAGUGCUCUAUACUAUAUAUAGGGGACAAGGUGCCAUUUGGGAGGCUGUUCUGAUCUUCAUAUACACAUGGUGCAUACAUAUCAACAUUCAGCCUUGUUGACUUAGUGGGUCAGAUUUUUACUGCCAUUCAGUCUUGUUGACUCAGUGGGUCAGAUCUUUACUGCCAUUCAGCCUUGUUGACUUAGUGGGUCAGAUCUUUUACUGCCAUUCAUACUUGGUCUUUGUCAAAUGUAAUGCGCUAUAUAGGGAAUAGGGUGCCAUUCUCUGGUCUAAAGUAAUGCGCUAUAUAGGGAAUAGGGUGCCAUUCUCUGGUCUAAAUUUUGCACUAUAUAGGGAAUAGGGUGCCAUUCUCUGGUCUAAACUAGUGAUGCGCUAUAUAGGGAAUAGGGUGCCAUUUGGGACUCAGUCUAUAUCUCUACUAGCGAGAUGCUGUAAUCAUUGAUAGGGCUUCAGAUUAGAUGGCAGUCAUAAACGUCUGCUGCAUCUGUGUGUCAAGGCCUUCCGUGUAUUGACGUGUGUGUGUGUGUGUGUGUGUGUGUGUGCGCGUCUGUGUGUGUUGUGUGUGUGUUGAUGUGCGCGUCUGUUGUGUGUGUGUGAUGUGCGCGUCUUGCUGUUGGUGUGUGUUGUGCUCUGGUCGUGUGUGUGGUGUGUGUGUUGUGUGUUUGUGAUUGUGUGUGUUAUUUGCGCGUCUGUGUUGGUGUGUGAUUGUGGUGUUAUGUGUGCGCGUCUGUUGUGUGUGUGUGUUGUGUGUUUGUGUUGUGUGUGUGUGUGUGUGUGUGUGCGCGUCUGUGUGCUUGUGUUUGUGUUGAAAUGUGACUGCGUGUUAAACAUCUCACUGAAUCAGCCAGUCCUCUGACUGCUCCUUUGAGAAAUGUUUCUAUCAAUACGUUCCCAUCAGAGGGAUUACCUACAAAAUGCUUCUAGUCAAUCAUAUUCCCCUCAGUCAAUAUGGUGCUGUAUAUAUUCCCCUCAGUCAAUAUGGUGCUGUAUCAUAUUCCCCUCAGUCAAUAUGGUGCUGCAUCAUAUUCCCCUCAGUCAAUAUGGUGCUGUAUCAUAUUCCCCUCAGUCAAUAUGGUGCUGUAUCAUAUUCCCCUCAGUCAAUAUGGUGCUGUAUCAUAUUCCCCUCAGUCAAUAUGGUGCUGUAUCAUAUUCCCCUCAGUCAAUAUGGUGCUGUAUCAUAUUCCCCUCAGUCAAUAUGGUGCUGCAUCUAUUCCCCUCAGUCAAUAUGGUGCUGUAUCAUAUUCCCCUCAGUCAAUAUGGUGCUGUAUCAUAUUCCCCUCAGUCAAUAUGGUGCUGUAUCAUAUUCCCCUCAGUCAAUAUGGUGCUGUAUCAUAUUCCCCUCAGUCAAUAUGGUGCUGUAAUCAUAUUCCCCUCAGUCAAUAUGGUGCUGUAUCAUAUUCCCCUCAGUCAAUAUGGUUCUGCAUCACAUUCCCCUCAGUCAAUAUGGUGCUGUAUCAUAUUCCCCUCAGUCAAUAUGGUGCUGUAUCAUAUUCCCCUCAGUCAAUAUGGUGCUGUAUCAUAUUCCCCUCAGUCAAUAUGGUGCUGCAUCAUAUUCCCCUCAGUCAAUAUGGUGCUGUAUCAUAUUCCCCUCAGUCAAUAUGGUGCUGUAUCAUAUUCCCCUCAGUCAAUAUGGUGCUGUAUCAUAUUCCCCUCAGUCAAUAUGGUGCUGUAUCAUAUUCCCCUCAGUCAAUAUGGUGCUGUAUCAUAUUCCCCUCAGUCAAUAUGGUGCUGCAUCAUAUUCCCCUCAGUCAAUAUGGUGCUGUAUCAUAUUCCCCUCGGUGACAGUUGUUGGAUAUUUAGUGUACAUGCGCUUAGUUUGUAGUGUGUGUGUGUUUAGUUUGUAGUGUGUGUGUGUUUAGUUUGUGGUGUGUGUGUGUUUAGUUUGUAGUGUGUGUGUGUUUAGUUUGUGGUGUGUGUGUGUUUAGUUUGUAGUGUGUGUGUGUUUAGUUUGUGGUGUGUGUGUGAUAAAGAGAGAUAAAGUGAUAGAAAGAAAGAGAACAAGAGAUAGUUAGAGAAAGACAAACUUGAACAGAGGAACACUGUGCUUGCAUCCCGAUGCAAAUAAUGAUCUCUUUCAAUGAGCUCAGGAUGGUCUCUCUCUCUUCCCCUCGUCUGUCUGUUAUCACUCCUCCUUCCUGAUGGUCUCUCUCUCUCUUCCCCUCGUCUGUCUGUUAUCACUCCUCCUUCCUGAUGGUCUCUCUCUCUUCCCCUCGUCUGUCUGUUAUCACUCCUCCUUCCUGAUGGUCUCUCUCUCUCUUCCCCUCGUCUGUCUGUUAUCACUCCUCCUUCCGAUGGUCCUCUCUCUCCUUCCCCUCGUCUGUCUGUUAUCACUCCUCCUUCCUGAUGGUCUCUCUCUCUCUUCCCCUCAUCUGUCUGUUAUCACUCCUCCUUCCGGAUGGUCUCUCUCUCUCUUCCCCUCGUCUGUCUGUUAUCACUCCUCCUUCCUGAUGGUCUCUCUCUCUCUUCCCCUCGUCUGUCUGUUAUCACUCCUCCUUCCGGAUGGUCUUCUCUUCUCUCUCCCCCUCGUCUGUCUGUUAUCCUCUCCUCUUCCUGAUGGUCUCUCUCUCUCUUCCCCUCAUCUGUCUGUUAUCACUCCCUCCUUCCGGAUGGUCUCUCUCUCUCUUUCCCCUCGUCUGUCCUUUACACUCCUCCUUCCUGAUGGUCUCUCUCUCCUCUCUCUUCCCCUCGUCUGUCUGUUAUCACUCCUCCUUCCUGAUGGUCUCUCUCUCUCUUCCCCUCGUCUGUCUGUUAUCACUCCUCCUUCCUGAUGGUCUCUCUCUCUUCCCCUCGUCUGUCUGUUAUCACUCCUCCUUCCUGAUGGUCCUCUCUCUCUUCCCCUCGUCUGUCUGUUUUCACUCCUCCUUCCUGAUGCUGAGACAACUAACAUCAUCCACUUUGAAUGGUUUUGCAUGAACUAGCCCCAUACUACACUAUUUGCAUUCAUUUAGCAUCUUAAUCCCCCCUCGGGGGACAUUUGUGGUGUGUGUUGCAUAUUACAUAUUGAAAUGUAUUUUGUAAUGAUACACUUUGUAGAAAGACAAUGUCAUCAUAGCAAAAUUAUGAUUUUGUUUUUGUUUAUGUUUAUGAUGAAUGAUCUCAUCUGCCGAUACUACAGUUGGUUGUAUCAUAAUGUUCUGUGUGUGCUGAAUGUGGUGAACUUUUCUCAGUGGCCUAUACAUCUGAUGUGCCAUUUACAUUUCCCCUUCCCUUUCAUAUUAAAAGACGGCUGUUUCUAUUUGAUCCAUUGUUUGACUGAAUGUUUAUCAGUGUUGGUCAGUGUGUGGUCAGUGUGUGGUCAGUAUGUGGUCAGUUGUGUCAGUGUUGUCAUGUGUGGUCAAUGUGUGGUCAAUAUGUGGUCAGUAUGUGGUCAGUAGGGUCAGUGUGUGUCAAUGUGUGGUCAAUAUGUGGUCAGUAUGUGGUCAGUAUGUGGUCAGUGUGUGGUCAGUUCUUUUGGGGGGUUGGUCAGUUGUGGUCAUGUGGUUUUUGGUCAUAUGGUCAGUAUGUGGUCAUAUUGGUCAUGUAUGUUGGUCAGUAUGGGUGUGGUCAGUAUGUGGUCAUUGUGGUCAGUGUAUGUGUGCAGUGGUGGUCGUGGUGUCAGUAUUGGUCAGUAUGUGUCAUGGGGGUCAGUGUCCCUUUUUUUUUCCCGGGGGGCCCCCCCCCCAAAAAAAUUUUUUCCCCUUUUUCCCUUUCUCUCUUUUUUCCCCCCUUUUUUUCCCCCCCCCCUUUUUCCCCCCCCUUCCCCCCCCCUUUUUUUUUUUUCCCUUUUUUUUUCCCCCCCCCCCCCCCCGGGCCCCCUUCCCCCUUUUUUUUCCCCCCUUUUUUUUUCCCCCCCCCCCCCCCCCCUUUUUUUUCCCCCUCCCCCCGGGCCCCCCCCCUUUUUUUCCUUUUUCCCCCCUUUCCCCCCCCCCCCCCCUUUUUUUUUAAUUUUUCCCCCCCCCCCCCCCCGGGGUUUUGGGGGGGGGGGUUUUUCCCUUUUUCCCAUUUCCCCCCGGGGGCCCCCCGGGGGGUUUUCCCCCUUUUUUUUUUUUAAAAAAACCCUUUUAAAAUUUUUUUUUUAAAAAAAUUAUUUUUGUUUUUUUUAAGAAAAAAGGGGGCCCCCCCCUUUUUUUUUGGGGUUUUGGUUUUUCCCCCCCUUUUUUUUUUUUUUCCCCUUUUUUUUUUCCUUUUUGCCCAAAAAAAAAUUUUUUUAAAUUUGGCCCGGUUCCCGGGGGGGGGUUUUUUGGGAAAUUUUUUUUGGGGUUUUUUGGGGGUUCCGGGGGGUUUUUUUUGGGGGGGGGGGGGGCCCCCCGGGGGGGUUUUUUGGGGGCCCCAACCCCCGGGAAUUUUUGGGUUUUUUUUUUCGGGGGUUUUUGGGGCCCCUUUUUUGGGGGGGCCCUUUGGGAAAUUUUCCCGGGGGGGGGGCCCCCUUUUUUGGGGGUUUGUUUUUUGGGUAAUUUUUUUUUGGGGGGAAAAAGGGGGGGGUAAAGGGGAAAAGGGGGCCUUUUCCCCCCCUUUUCCCCCCUUUUUUUUCCCCCCCCCCCGGGGGGUUUUAAAUUUUUUUGGGGCCCCUUGGGCCCCUUUUAAGGGUUUGUUUUUUCCCCCCGGGGCCCCUUUUUUUUUUUUGGGGGGGGGGGAGUUUUUUUCCCCCCCCCGGGUUUUAAUUUUUUUUUUUUGGGGGGGGGCCCCCCCCCCUUUUUGGGUUUGGGGCCCCCCCCCCGGGGGGGGGCCCCCCCCCGGGGGGAAGGGGGAAUUGUUUUUUUUGGGUUUUUCCCCCCCCCCCCCUUUUUCCCCCUUCCGGUUUUCCCCCCCCCCCCGGGGCCCCCCCCCCCCCCCCCCCCCCCCCGGGGAAGGGGGGGCCCCCCCCCCAAAAACCCCCUUUCCCCCUUUCCCCCUUUCCCUUUUUUCCCCCCCCCCCCCCCCCCUUUUUUUUUCCCCCCCCCCCCCCCCCCGGGGGAAAAAAGGGGGGGGGGGUUUUUCCCCCCCCCCCCCCCCCCGGGGGGGGGGGGGGGAAAAAAAAAAAAAAAAACCCCCCCCCCCCCAAAAAAAGGAAAAAAAAAAAAAGGGGGGGGGGGGAAAGGUGGGCCCGGGAAAAAGGGGGGGGGGGGGGGGGAAAAAAAAAAGGGGGGGGGAAAAAAAGGGGGGGAAAAAGGGGAAAAAAAAGGGGGGGGGAAAAAAAAAAAGGGGGGGGGGCCCCCCCCCCCCCAACCACCCGGGCCCGGGGCCCCCCCCCCCGGGGGGGGGGGCCCCCCCCCCCCCCCCCCCCCCCCCCCCCCCCCCCCCGGGGGGGGGGCCCCCCCAAAAAAAAAAAAGGGGGAAAAAAAGGGGGAAGGAAGGCGGGAAAAAAAAAAAAAAAAAAAAAGGGGGGAAAAAAAGGGGGGGGGGAAAAAAAAACCAAAAAAAGGGGGGGCCCCCAAAAAAAGGGGGGGAAAAAAAAAGGAAAAAAAAGGGGGGGAAAAAAAAAGGGGGAAAAAAGGGGAAAAAAGGGGAAAAGGGGGAAAAAAGGAAAGGGGGGGGGAAAAAAAAAAGGGGGGGGGAAAAAGGGGGGGGGGGGAAAAAAAAAAAAAGGGGGGGGGGGGGGGGGGAAAAAAAGGGGAAAAGGGGGGAAAAAAAGGGGGGGAAAAAAAGGAAAAAGAAAAAGGGGGGGGGGGGGAAAAAAAGGAAAAAAGGGGGGGGGGAAAAAAGGGGAAAAAGGGGGAAAAGGAAAAAGGGAAAAAAAAAAGGGGGAAAAAGGGGGGGGAAAGGAAAAAAAAAGGGGAAAAAAAAAAACAAAGGGGGGAAAAAAAAAGGGGGGGGGGAAAAAGGGGGGGGGGUUUUUUUUUUUUUCCCUUUUUUUUUUUGGGGGGGUUUUUUGGUUUUAAAAAGGAAAAUUUUUUUGGUUUUUUUGGGGUUUUUUUUAAAAACCCUUUUUUUUAAAAAAAAAUGGCCCUUUUUUGGGGGGGUUUUUUUGGGAAUUUUUUUUAAAAAAAAUUUUUUAAAAAAGGGGGGGGUUUUUUUUUUUUUUUUUAAAAAAAAUUUUUCGGGGUUUUUGGGGGUUUUUAAUAGGUUUUGGAUUUUUUUUUUUUUUUUUUUAAAAAAAAAAAUUUUUUUAAAAAAAAUUUUUAGGGGGGGGAAAAUUUUUUUAGGUUUUUUUUUUUUUUUAGGAUGGGUUUUAAAAAAAUUUUUUUUAAAAAAUUUUAGGUUUUAUGGGGAAAUUUUUGGGGGUUUUUUUAAUUUUUUAAAAUUUUUUGGGGUUUUUUGGGGAAAAUUUAAGGUUUUUUGGGGUUUUUUAUUUUUUUUUGGGGGGUUUUUUGGGGGGUUUUUUUUAAAAGGUUUUAAAAGGGGGAAUUUAAUAGGUUUUAAUAGGUUUUUUUUUUUUAAAAAAAGGGGGGGUUUUUGGUUUUUUUGGGUUUUUAAUAGGAUGGGUUUUUUUUUUUUUGGGGGGUUUUUAUCCGUUCCUGCCUUCUCUGUAAAAGACAACAUCCUCUUUGGCAGAUAGAGAGGUGUAA